GCAACAUGUCGACUGGUUACUCAGCCAACCAGUAUGAAAGCGCCUUUAAGUCGCAAAAGCUCCAGAACUGGACAAUUCCAAAACAUUUCAAAGAGAGACCGUCUGCAGCGGAUGGCUACACCACAUUUAUAGUGACAGACCGCGGCCACCUUCUGCCUGGUGUAAAAACAAAGAUGGGAAGUGCAUGGCCAUCAGUCCAGGGCACAUGGGAUUUACCACACCAUUUCUCCCCUGUUUAUGUUAACCCCACUGCCCGCUCACAAGAGGGCCUAGAUCGCCUCAGGACCUUGCGAAAGACGAAAUCUGCAACAAGUCAGGCUCCAAAGGCCUCUCAAAACAUGGAUAACCAAAAUGUGAGCCAGCCUGCUAAAGAGUCGCAAAUACCUGAGAGCCAAGAUGGGCCAGAGAUUCACACAGAGCAACCCAGACCCAAUUCACAGCAAAACCAAGCCAAGUCUAGACCAACAAGCCAGUCUGGUCAACAAGUCCAGCCCGAACAGGUAAACGUUCAGGAAAACCAGGCCCAAUCUAGACCGGCAAGUCAACACAGCCACCCGACACGGUCCAGACCGAUCAUUCAGCAAAGCUUACGACAAACUUAAGACCACAAACCCAGUACAGCAGACCAGCAUCGCAGCAGACACAUCACCUGAAUAAUCACAUAUCCCCUUCUUCAUAAUGUUUUGUAUCUAUUUUUCUUCUUCAAAAACAGGGUUACUUCAUGGAUAUUUGUGUUUCUGUUGAUUUACAGCUGUGCUUAGCUCUUCCAUUUGCAUUACAAUGUCCGUGUGGAUCUGAACACAUUAACUAAAUUGUUUCAAUGAAGAU